ACAGGUACAACACCCAGCACACCACCACCACCACAUCUCUCCCCGCACCCUCCACCCAAGUACAUAGUGCCACUAGCACAAGCACCAAUAUAGCAAGCACGGGUAACCCAGGCUCAACUGUAAGUACAGCUACUGGGGCAGGUAUGCAGGCGGGUGGGAGUACUAUGGCCAAUGGCUUAUACACUGUAGAGCUAUCGGCCGAGACAUGGAAAGUGCUGAGAGAAGCGGUGCUGAGGAUAGUGGACUCGUGGCUCAGUGAUAAUCUCUUCCAG